AUGGGGCCCCCCGGGGCCCCCCCAGGGGGCCCCCGGGGCCCCCCAAGGGGCCCCCGGGGCCCCCCAGGGGGCCCCCGGGGCCCCUUUGAGAGCGAAAAGAAGUACCUUGAGCUGAGGAUGUGCAGCAAAGUGGGCGAGGAUUUGGGGGCCCUUCAUGGGGGGCAAUUCGCUGCAGCCGAGGGGCUGGAAGAAAACCUCUUGGGGGGGAUAAGCCCCAUAAGAAAAGGGGGGCUGGAGCAGGGCCAAGUCGUAAGUGCCUAUGGACACGAGGGACUGGAGGCGCCUGGGGUUAAGGCGAACACCUCGAAGGGCCGCGCAGGCGAUGAAGGGCCGGGGCCCCUGGGCCUGCAGGGCAGCAGCAGCGGGGCCCCAGCGGUGCAGCAGCAGCAGCAGCAGCAGCGGCAGCAGCAGCAGCAGCAGCGGCAGCAGCGAGGCAGCGACAGCUAG